CUCCCCGGGGCGCAGCCUUCUCAUCCUCUGCCCACCCUCCUCCCUUCUGCCCCCGAGCCCAGCUUCCCAGGCCCUUCCUUGAGGGCAUGGGGAGGCCAGCCCGCGACACCAGGGGGCGCUCUGGGCGGUUGGGGACCGGGCCGGGGCUGCGAGAGGGUGACCUUGGGCUGAACCUGGGAGCUGGCCCAUCUCUGCUGCAUCCCUAGCGCCGCCUGCCCAGGAGCCCUGACAGCCGGCGGGCGGCGACCUCUUGUUCUCCUCGCGUCUGUCUGUGGAAGCGGCGGCGUCUGGCCUCUCGUGGUCCUGCCCGAACGUGGGCAGAAAUGAUAACCAGGGACCUUGCUCUGAGACCAGAUGAAGAAGCUGUGGUGGAUCAGGGUGGGACCAGUACAAUUCUCAACAUUCACUAUGAAAAAGAAGAGCUGGAAGGUCAUAGAACUCUGUACGUGGGAGUUCGGAUGCCGCUGGGCCGGCAGAGUCAUCGGCACCACCGCACUCAUGGCCCGAAGCACCGGAGGCGAGGGCGGGGCAAAGGAGCCAGCCAGGGGGAGGAAGGCCUGGAAGCCCUGGCCCACGACACACCAUCUCAGCGUGUUCAGUUCAUUCUUGGCACCGAGGAAGAUGAAGAGCAUGUGCCUCAUGAGCUGUUUACAGAGCUGGAUGAGAUCUGUAUGAAAGAGGGAGAAGAUGCUGAGUGGAAGGAAACAGCCAGGUGGCUGAAGUUUGAAGAAGAUGUUGAAGAUGGAGGAGAACGCUGGAGUAAGCCUUACGUGGCAACCCUUUCAUUGCACAGUCUGUUUGAGCUAAGAAGCUGCCUUAUUAAUGGAACAGUCCUUCUGGAUAUGCGUGCAAAUAGCAUAGAAGAAAUUUCAGACCUGAUCCUGGAUCAGCAAGAACUGUCCAGUGACCUGAAUGAUAGCAUGAGGGUUAAAGUGCGGGAAGCCCUUCUCAAAAAGCAUCAUCAUCAGAAUGAAAAGAAGAGAAACAACCUCAUUCCCAUUGUUCGCUCCUUUGCUGAGGUUGGCAAGAAGCAGUCCGAUCCACAUUUGAUGGAUAAACAUGGUCAAACUGUGUCCCCUCAGUCUGUUCCAACUACAAGUCUUGAAGUAAAAAAUGGAGUGAAUUGUGAACAUAGUCCUGUGGAUUUAAGCAAGGUAGACCUUCAUUUCAUGAAAAAAAUUCCUACGGGGGCUGAGGCCUCCAAUGUCCUGGUUGGCGAGGUGGAUAUUUUGGACCGUCCCAUUGUUGCCUUUGUGAGACUGUCUCCAGCUGUUCUUCUCUCAGGCCUAACAGAAGUGCCAAUCCCAACAAGAUUUUUGUUUAUCUUAUUGGGUCCAGUAGGGAAAGGUCAGCAGUACCAUGAGAUUGGCAGAUCCAUGGCCACCAUCAUGACAGAUGAGAUUUUUCAUGACGUAGCAUAUAAGGCAAAAGAGCGAGAUGAUCUCCUUGCGGGGAUUGACGAGUUCCUUGACCAGGUGACGGUGCUCCCUCCAGGAGAGUGGGAUCCCUCCAUUAGAAUUGAGCCACCCAAAAAUGUCCCUUCCCAGGAGAAAAGGAAAAUGCCUGGAGUUCCGAAUGGAAAUAUUUGCCACAUAGAACAGGAACCACAUGGGGGUCACAGUGGGCCAGAACUUCAGCGCACUGGGCGGCUAUUUGGGGGCUUGGUGUUGGACAUCAAGCGGAAGGCCCCCUGGUACUGGAGCGACUACCGGGAUGCACUCAGCUUACAGUGUUUGGCCUCCUUUCUGUUCCUGUACUGUGCCUGCAUGUCACCUGUCAUCACCUUUGGGGGAUUGCUUGGAGAAGCCACUGAGGGACGCAUAAGUGCAAUUGAAUCCUUGUUUGGAGCCUCCAUGACUGGGAUUGCUUAUUCCUUGUUUGCGGGACAGGCUCUCACCAUCCUGGGAAGUACUGGGCCAGUGCUUGUGUUUGAAAAGAUUUUGUUCAAAUUCUGCAAAGACUAUGCUCUUUCAUACCUCUCCCUGCGAGCUUGUAUUGGACUGUGGACCGCUUUCCUGUGUAUUGUCCUUGUGGCAACUGAUGCCAGUUCCCUUGUCUGCUACAUUACCCGUUUCACUGAAGAAGCAUUUGCCUCCCUAAUUUGCAUUAUUUUCAUCUACGAAGCAAUAGAAAAACUGAUUCACCUGGCAGAGACCUAUCCCAUCCACAUGCACAGCCAGCUGGACCACCUUAGCCUCUAUUACUGCAGGUGUACUCUCCCAGAGAAUCCAAACAAUCACACCCUGCAGUACUGGAAGGACCACAACAUCGUGACAACAGAAGUCCACUGGGCUAAUCUGACUGUCAGUGAAUGCCAGGAGAUGCAUGGAGAGUUCAUGGGAUCUGCGUGCGGUCAUCAUGGACCCUACACUCCUGAUGUCCUCUUUUGGUCCUGUAUUCUCUUCUUCACCACCUUCAUUCUCUCAAGCACCUUAAAGACAUUUAAGACGAGCCGUUAUUUCCCGACCAGAGUACGUUCCAUGGUGAGUGACUUUGCUGUUUUCCUCACUAUCUUCACAAUGGUGAUUAUUGAUUUUUUGAUUGGAGUUCCAUCACCAAAGCUUCAAGUUCCCAGUGUGUUCAAGCCAACAAGGGAUGAUCGAGGAUGGAUUAUUAAUCCCAUUGGCCCCAAUCCCUGGUGGACUGUGAUAGCUGCAAUUAUCCCAGCUCUUCUCUGCACUAUCUUGAUAUUCAUGGAUCAGCAGAUCACAGCCGUCAUUAUUAACAGAAAGGAACAUAAGCUCAAGAAAGGCUGUGGCUACCACCUGGACCUACUGAUGGUGGCAAUCAUGCUGGGUGUCUGCUCCAUCAUGGGCCUGCCUUGGUUUGUAGCUGCAACCGUCUUGUCCAUCACACAUGUGAACAGCCUCAAGCUAGAAUCUGAAUGCUCUGCUCCUGGAGAACAGCCCAAGUUCCUAGGCAUCCGAGAACAGAGAGUGACAGGCCUUAUGAUCUUUGUGCUGAUGGGCUGCUCAGUCUUCAUGACGGCUAUCUUAAAGUUUAUUCCAAUGCCAGUACUCUAUGGAGUUUUCCUCUACAUGGGAGUUUCUUCACUACAGGGAAUUCAGUUCUUUGAUCGUCUAAAGCUCUUUGGGAUGCCCGCAAAGCACCAGCCAGAUUUUAUCUACCUGAGGCAUGUGCCACUGCGCAAAGUGCACCUCUUCACCCUCAUUCAGCUGACCUGUCUCGUCCUGCUCUGGGUCAUCAAGGCCUCUCCAGCAGCCAUUGUUUUCCCAAUGAUGGUUUUGGCCUUGGUUUUUGUCAGGAAAGUCAUGGAUCUCUGUUUCUCUAAGCGAGAGCUGAGCUGGUUAGAUGAUCUCAUGCCUGAAAGCAAAAAGAAGAAGUUGGAUGAUGCUAAAAAGAAGGCCAAGGAGGAAGAGGAGGCUGAGAAAAUGUUAGAAAUUGGGGGAGACAAGUUCCCCUUAGAGAGCAGGAAGUUAUUAAGUAGUCCUGGAAAGAACAACAGUUGCAGAUGUGACCCGUCUGAGAUUAAUAUAUCUGAUGAAAUGCCUAAAACCACAGUCUGGAAAGCUCUCAGUAUGAAUUCUGGAAAUGCAAAGGAAAAGAGUCUCUUCAACUAAGAGUCUUUGCUGGGAUGGAAGAUUUGGGCCAUGUGGUGCCUCAGAGAAGUUCUGGUUACAGAGAAAAUGGUGAGUGUCUCAGAGAAGAAGCAAGACCAAAUCUGGCCCUGUCCUUGGUCAUCUCAAAGCCAUGCCGAAGCAUUCAGUUAUUCUUCGUGUGCACUGGAGGGCAUCCAGCUAUCCCCAUACCAGCAGCCAGUCGCCAGAUGUGAAUGUGGAAGCAGAAGACCACUUCCUGUUGGUUCUUCUCCUCUUCUUCCUUCUUUUUCUCUUUAGAAUGGCCACCAUUGAAGACGUAGCUUCCCAUUUUCCAGACAUUUUCUCUGAAAUUUUCUGCUGGCCUGCCAAGCCAUAUGGAUUCAUUCUGCCACUGAGGAGUCCUUCAGUGAGGUCCCUUUUCCUAAAGGAUGGAGUGGGUAGUAGGAGGGGAACAGAGAAGAAACUCUCUCUGGCUCUCCAGUGUUCUUAGUGUCUGCAGGCUUCUAGGCAGCCCUGGGCCUUGAUUUGAUUACCUCCCCUGGGGGAUGCUGGUCAGACCCAGAGGUUGUCAGGAGGUCGUCUACCAGGAAGAUCCAUGAUCUGGGCAUUGGCAGUGCCUGCUACCACAGCCAGGAAGAUGCCUCUGACCUGGGUGCAUCUCCAUCAUUCCCUAGCAGCAGCCUGCAUUAACUGGCAAGAACCUUGGAUGAUACAAGGGCCAAGAAGGGACAUUUGAGUUGUUUGGCUUAGAUAGGAAAAGAAUCUGGGGAAAAUCAAUAGUAAGUGAGGAUGAGCAGCUACUCUUGGUUUUCAGUGAGGAUAGAGUGAGAGAUUGAGCUUAGAUUGCAACAGAAGGAAUUAGUUUAGAUACCAGCCUGAAGAUUUGUCAUAGUGUCUGCUUUCUAGAUAUCUGGGAAAGAUUUGGUAAUAGUGUUUGUGAAUAGAAAGGAGGAUGUGAUGUUUUUAUUGCCCAUUUUGCGGGACCGUUUGACUUCUUGCUGCUGUCUCUUGAGGAUAUAUUCCAAUUCCAUCCUGGCGAGAUCCAAGUGCUUAUGUACUGUCUCCUUAGCUGCCUUAGUAGUGAACGAUCAUCAGUUCAAUGGACCAAAAUCACUUUCAGCCAUGUGGUUUCUUCAUCAUCAUGGAUUUCUUUUGGUUGGCAAACAUUCUGGUUCUGAGAUGCAAAAAGUCACACUAGGAAAUGAACUGUAAGUGGUGAAAUUAGUUUUGGUAUUUAAUUUAAACUACAUUUAUGGUUUUCUCUUCUCUUCUAUGUUACAAUGAAUGUGAAGUAUUUGAGAUCCAGUGCUUAGAAACCUUUCCCUCCUUUGUGCACAGAAUGUAACUAGCAAGCCCAUUAGCGCCCAGAGAAUCCUAUCAUGUUAGUUUCCCAUCCUGGAAAAUCUUUGUACAGUGGGAAGUUCCCUGAUAUGUUUUUCUUUCUUAGGUGAAGGAUUGGUUAUAUCAGUUUAUUGAAUUUUGCAUUUCUUAAACUCUUAAAAUAUACUAAUGUAUUCUAGUCUUACUCUAAAUACCGUUGAUAUUAAGGGAAUUCUGCAUUUCUUUCAUAUUCCCUAUCUCAUAGGGCCACAAUUAUUUUAAUACAGAGAUGAUUUUCAAAAUAUUUAACAACUGGUAUAGGACAGAUGCCAACCACUCAUAAGGGAUGCCUGCUGUAAACAAGCAGUAUGUAUGGUUGUACCAAUGCCUAUUGGCUGAACGUUAUGCUACUUUCAGAUAUUAAAAUGAUGUCCCUUUCAAUCGUGGGGAUUCUUCCUGUUUUGUCUCAUUUCUAUCACAAGGAUGUUUUGGGGACAGCCUUAGCUUGCUUUCACAUAUAUAUAUAUAUACAUAUAUGUGUGUGUGUGUGUGUGUGUGUGUGUGUGUGUGUGUGUGUGUAGUGCAGACAGGAUAGGACAUGAUUAUUUGAACUAUAUGGGCAUUAAAAUCUCCAUGAGCCAAAGCUUCACAUUUUAUCACUUUAGGGUAACUGUAAUAAUUGUACUCAUUUGCCUACCUAAUUGGGAAAAAUUAAAAGGCAGCCUGUCAGUAGGGUAAGCUUUCUUGCAGACUUUUCCCUUGUCCCUUUCUGACUGCUUCCUUGAACUUGCCUCUUCUUCAUCUUCAUUGUUCCCUGAGAAUAUCCCCGCUUUCUUGCUCUAUCUUGCCCCUCCUAUCUUUUCCUGCCACCUGUGUGUGGGGAAGUUGAUGACCAUUUCACCUCUUCCCCUAGCCUCAGCACAGUAAGGAGUGUAUCAAAACUGGGUGACAGUAUCACUCAGAAGAAUGCCUCUCCUAAUACUCUCAUGUCUUGUGCUGCCUGACUGCUCGAGAGGAGGAGCCUUCAUUAACUCUGUGUAGUGUAGGUACAGGACCAUGUGUGCACUUUUGGGUACUUCUCAAGCCAGACCCUCCCAGAUCACUGCACCUUAAGAAUGUGAGCUACUUUUUAAAAAAUGUGGUUUGGUGUGUUGUUGAGGUAAACUUGUUGGGGGACUGUGAGUGAAGAUGGGAAAGGACUGGGUGGUUUUGCCAUGAGGUGAUGGCUGGGGUUGGCGCUAAUGGUUUGCAUGAUCCUGGCUCUGUGGGUGUGGUGCUCAGUAGCCUUGGUAUAGUUGCAGGUCACCUUUGUGCAUGGUGGUUACCAGUCACUCUAGGGAUUGUAGGUCCCAACAGUGUUUCAGCAGCCUGCACAGCUGGUACGAGGACAGCUGGAGGAGGGUCUCAUAUCCCUGCAAGUGAUGCAGGACAAAACUUCCCAACAGGAGGUGUCCCUUGCAUGGCUCUCGAAUGCACGGGUGACAUAUCAGUUUGAAGUUUCUUGACCUGUCCAUCAAGGAUUUUGAUUUUUUUCUCAGUUGUGCUUGUUAAUGUGUCGAAGGCCAAGUGCACUGCAUCAAACUUGCUGUCUGUAAGAUGCUAAAGUCCUUUGAUCAAUCCAGUGUUUCAGUCAGGUCGCUACUGACAUCAGACUUGGCUUUGUCCCUUCUCUUUCUUUUCAUUCAAGAGACUUUAAGGGUAAACUCUUCAGUUGAAACUGUCUUGGAAGUGCAGGCCUCCUCCUGUGUGGCUAACGAAAGAGACGGCACCAGGAUCUUUCAUGGCAAGUGCUCAAGGGAUGUGGGUGGUUUUGUGUAGUCCGGUCCUUUUGAUCGUGGUGAUUUCCUGUCAUCCUCAUGGUCUGACAUUGCUUUUCACUGGAAACUGGUUGUAGCCUUCAAUUCAUUAGCUGAUUGUUGGAUCUCUUUGUGAGGUUUGAUUUUUUUUUUUUUAAUCCAUGAGUCCCUAUGGACCGUUGCGUGUUGCAAAUGAUAGUGAUUCUCUUCUUCUUUUUCUUUGUCUUUAAGAGUUGCCUGGACGAUUUCAUGGGUCACUCCACAUGAUUGCAGAAUUUCCCAUUGCUCGUCUGUAAAUGUUGAUUGGCUAACCUGUCUGAGCUUUUGGCAGAUGCAUCCUUGAGCUUAGUUUCAGGAAUUCCUCUGGUUUUCCUUGGUAGUAAUUUCUCAUGGUGGAGCUUGUUUCAGAGGCAUGGUACAGUGCUGUGGAGGCAAAGCAAGGCUGUUGUAGUGAUUUUCAUAUAUCCAGAUGACAAACUGCCUUUGCAUGGGGAAACCACACGGGAUUGAUGGCAUCUCUGAAUUUGGGGAUUUCAUCAGUUACCCCUGGAAUUAAAAUGAGUGCAGAGUCAAAAUCUUUUUUAUUUUUUAUUUUUUGAGACAGAGUCUUGCUCUAUCACCCAGGCAGGAGUGUAGUGGUGCAAUAUCGGUUAACUGCAACAUCUGCCUCUGGGUUCAAGUGAUUCUCCUGCCUCAGCCUCCCAAGUAGCUGGUUCUACAGGUGCCCACCACCAUGCCCAGCUAAUUUUUGUGUUUUUAGUAGAGAUGGGAUUUCACUGUAUUGGCCAGGCUGGUCACGAACUCCUAACCUUGUGAUCCACCUGCCUCAGCCUCCCAAAGUGCUGGGAUUACAGGUAUGAGCCACCACACCCAGCCCGAAAUCUUUAAGAAAGUUACUUAUUGCCACAAGUGUUGUCAUCUGUGACUUAUGAGCCACUAGAUGAACCUGAACCAUUAGUGGCUGUCCAGAUCCUCCAACUUUUUGAGACAGUAUUCUAAUCAGGGUUUUAUGACACCAACAUAGGCAGAAACACCAAGCUGCAGGUAAUUGAUUUGUGUGUCACUGAUUCCUGGAGCAGCUUUGAAUGCAUUAAAUCGCUUUUAGCAGACCUUUCACAGGAGUUAUCUCUCAAAAUCUCUUUAAAGAGCAAUAAGAAUGUGUAGUGUUGUAUGACACAAUCCAAGCCUGUGAGUUGCAUCAUCAGGGAUUGUCAGAAUUUUAUGUCUGUUCCAUAUCCUGCUAGUAACCAGCUUACAGACUUUCCAUCAGGUUGGCUUAGAUGUUCAUCAACAGGAAAAUGUUGCCAUAAUGAUGGUAUGAGGCUGCACACAGUCGUUGCGCACAUGGUUAGUAUGGUAUGGCAGUGCUGCACACGAUCACUGUACAGAAUUAGCAAGGCUGGAAUAUGGCCCUCUGCUAUAGGGGGCAUGGCACAUGCGACUCAUGCUGGAAUGAGUAGGAGGCUUUCCUCAAUGGAUAUGGAGACUGAUGCGUGCUCCAUAUCUUGAGGGGGCCUGUCUUGGUUUCCUUUGGUAGGGUCUAUCAGCUACUUCUGAAGGCCAUACCAACCUUUUUAGGCCAUUAAAUUUUUCUCAAAUAAUAGCCAGCCUCAUUUCUGCUUCAUCUCUGUGGUAGGAACCAUUCUGUAUUCUUAUCUUACUCCCUCCUCUUUGCCAACUCCCCACAACCACCCAACCCGAGUCCUAGCUGCUUUCUUGCUUAGGUCUGUGGCUGGUGAUAGUGGCACCAGAGUCAAGGUGGGCAGUGUUUGGGGUAGGAAAUGAGUAGAGGUGAAGCAGCAGCAGUGUGUGUGUGUGUGUAUGUGUGUGUGUGUGUAUGCGCACGCGCAUUUGCAUGUGUAUUUGUUGACAAAUGAGAGAAUAGCCGUAAGAUUUCAUUGUUACUUCUAGUCUUUGUACACCUAGCUGGAGGAACAUUAAAAAAAUAUGGCCAUUCUCCCAUCUAGGUGGUGCCCAUCUCAGACUUCUCUGAUAAGAGUAGUUUGAGGACAAAUACAGAUUAGUCUAUGGAAAAAGAUGUUUAAACUCAGCAUGAAGGAGAAACAAAUUUUGGAGUGGAAAGCAAGACAAGCAGUUAUGUGAUUUCCAUGCCUACAUUUGCUUGGGCCAGGGAAGUGGUCCACCUCUUUCCUGACAGUGGGAGAUUUCAGAAACAGUUUGAGUUUUGGCAGGCCAAUGUCCUGAUAGGCUGGUGUAGAGAGGGAGGAAGGGAGGGAGGCCAGAGAUUAGAGAAAGUGAUGAUUAGGAUCUUAGCUCUAAAUGAAAAGAACUGGACUUACUAAAUCGGUGGAUUACUUGCUAGCCAUAACUUUUAGGGAAGGGGAAGUCUGGAGAGAAGGUGAAGACCAGCAGAAAUAUACUGUGAAAUUGUCAAAUAUGUUUGAUUGCAGAAAACACAGCCUGGCUAUUAUUGUCUAGAUGUGACUUCCAACUUCUGAAGACAGGAUUGCCAAGAGAUGUGGUCUUUACCACAUACAGCUCCUGUCCCUAUCUCUUUAUGUGUAGAGACUCGCAUUUGGGGUAGUGAGUAGUAAACCAUAUAUUUCCAAAAGAUGACGUGAAAAGUCGCUGUUUCUCUUUGUCUGGGAAGUGAUUGACUUUUAAAUUAGUCCUAAAUGUUUGAUAAAAAUCUGGUAUAUGCUAAGUCUCAGGGUUGGUUGAUCUCUCAGGCUAUGAUAGCUGUGACCUUCAAGAAAUCUCUGACUUGGGGAAUCUGUAGUUUUUGGUUGUCCAAAAAAGAUAGUUCCUAGUCCUACUUUAUUUUCUAUCCACUCAACUCUCCAGACUUCCCUCAUAGUAAAGGAAUUCCUGAUUCUCCCUGAAUCUUCUCUGUUGAUUUCCAUGUCCAUGUUCUGAGUUUUGAGUUUUCCCAAAGCAUAGGAGCAGGCUUGGCCUUAGAGCUCCUGGCUUUCUUUUUGAUGAGAAUCAGAAAUGCUAUCAAUAUAUUCUCUCUGUCACUUGAUCAGCUUCUCUAAAUUUAUUUUGUAAGGGGGUCAGCAGCUCCUUCAUGGACCUCUAGAUGGUUGUCUUUGCCAGUUUGUUACUGGGUUUUCCUUGACCUUCUCAGGUUCCCAAGCCACAUCCUAGCAGGGCAUCUGAGAACCUUGCAUUGACCCUCUCAGUCCUUUUGGCUUUCUCCUGGUCAUAGGUGUUGGACCUCCCAUUAGGUAGAAGUCCUUUGAGCAGAAUCAAAAUGGCCAAAUAUGACAUCAUCCAAGUUCCUCCCUCCUUUACUGUCUCAGCUUUUUCAAGAACUCCUUUCUCCUGUCUUUUCUGCCUUUUCCUCAGUCUGUCUAGUUCUCUUUGGAGGAAAGAAGUUCUUGGUCAGAGGUCCUAAAACCACCACCAGCUGGGGGUGGUGAGAAUGAUGAGGAGGUUGGACAGUCCUGGGGCUUUUUUGAAAGGGGACUUUAUGGUUAUUUCCCUUAUUUAGGAUGAGGGACUAAGAAUUCUCAAGGCUUCAGUUUCAUCCAUAUUUCAGUGUAAGCAGAAAAGCACAUUUCAAAGCCAAAUAGAAGUGACUUUCUAUUAAGUCUAUCCUUUAUGAUUCUUGACUCCCUUGGUCUCUUAAUAUUAAUUGUAGAGAAUGAGCAGUUGAGUUAAUUAACGUCUUUUCAUCAGAAAGGAGGGUAAUUUUCAUAACCAAAAGAGAUGUAAAGGAACUAUAUUACUGCCUGAAGUGUGAAAAGAGGAAAGGGGUGUUAUGUGAACCUUUUCAAUAGGGAAAUUCAGAAAGUGGAAUGAUUCAUCCAUAGGCAUAAUUCUUUUAGGAGAUUCUGUGCUCAAAGGGAAGGGAAUAGUUUCUGAUCCUUCCAAAGAGAAAAGGAAUAGCAUUUUUCUUAAACCUAACCCAGUUUCAGCAUUGGAGAAUACAGAACCUUUUCUCUAGCUGAUGGCAUUCAUAUUUCUUGAGAGAGAUAACCUACCCAUGGUACUUUUCUGAGCCCAGCAGAAAUCAGCAGAGCUUGGGCUUCUCUUAGCAGGUUUACAAUUGACUUCGACUUGCAGGCUUUUCAUAUGUGCAAUAAUGUUGGAAACAGAAGCACCAAACUGAUUGUGCAAUUACUCCUUUUGUAGAAGAGGCCAAAAUCCUCCUCCUCCUUCAUUUCUCCUAUAUUCACUCCUCCAGGAUCAUAAAGCCUCCCUCUUGUUUAUCUGUGUCUGUCUGUCUGAUUGGUUAGAUUUGGCUGCUCUUCCAAGCUAAUGGUGUCAGGUGGAGAGCAGAGCAACCUUCCUCAGAAGGGGACAACUCGAGGUGCUGGUACAUUUCCCUUGUUUUCUAUGUUCUUCUUUCUAGUGGGUCUCAUGUAGAGAUAGAGAUAUUUUUGUUUUAGAGAUUCCAAAGUAUAUAUUUUUAGUGUAAGAAAUGUACCCUCUCCACACUCCAUGAUGUAAAUAGAACCAGGAAUAAAUGUGUCAUUGUGAUAAUCCCAUAGCAAUUUGUGGUAGGAACAAGACCCUUUUCCCUCACCACCGAGUCUCAUGGUCUGUGUCUGUAACCCAGGGCAGGUAACCGUGACACUGCAUCUCACAGACUUCUGCCUGCCCAGAUUUUUGUGUGCUCAUCUCAACAGAUGAAAAAUAAAGUCUGUAUAAACUGUU